AGAAUACCUUUGACGCAAUGGCCCGUACCAAGCAGACAGCUCGUAAAUCGACUGGAGGAAAAGCUCCGAGAAAGCAGCUGGCUACCAAGGCCGCUCGUAAGAGUGCGCCAGCAACUGGAGGAGUUAAGAAGCCACAUCGCUACAGGCCAGGAACAGUGGCUCUUCGUGAAAUUCGUCGUUACCAGAAGAGUACUGAACUUCUCAUCCGUAAAUUGCCAUUCCAACGGCUUGUUCGUGAGAUCGCCCAGGACUUCAAAACCGAUUUGAGAUUCCAGAGCUCAGCUGUGAUGGCUCUUCAGGAAGCUAGCGAGGCUUACCUCGUUGGUCUUUUCGAGGACACCAACCUCUGCGCUAUUCAUGCCAAGAGAGUCACCAUCAUGCCCAAGGACAUUCAGCUGGCUCGUCGUAUUCGUGGAGAGAGAGCUUAAGUUGGCUUGAAUUCUGAAAUUACAAAUAAUCGUUUUUGCAAGUCUACAAUGUACGAUCUUAGUAGUUUUUACAACUCUACAUCGCCACGAACCGAUUUCUUCGCUGGAACUUUGGUCUUCGGUGCAACUUUUUUGGGCUUAGGUGCCUUAGGCUUAGCUGUUGGUGCCUUUGUAGCUUUCUUCGCUUUAGGGCUUUUGGGUUUAGCGGCUUUUGGUUUGGCAGUCUUCUUCUCAGCAACUGGUUUCUUCACUGCAGCUUUUUUCGGUGAAGCUAUUUUUUUUGCUUUUGGUUUGGUUGCCUCGAUUUUCUUGACGGAUUUCUUAACAGCAGCCUUCUUAGGUGAUCCCUCCUUCUUGAGAGCCUUGGGUUUAGGUUUUGGUUUCGAAGAAUCUGCCUUUUUCACAGCAAGCUUGAAAGAUCCAGCUGCACCCUUUCCUUUGGUCUGCACCAAAGUUCCAGCCGCAACUGCUGAUUUCAAGUACUUCUUGAUGAAGACCAGCGGCAAAGCUGUGAAGAAGGCUGGUAAAGCCCAGAAGAAUAUUACCAAGUCCGACAAGAAGAAGAAGCGUAAGAGGAAGGAGAGCUACGCUAUCUAUAUCUACAAAGUUUUGAAACAAGUUCAUCCCGACACCGGAGUGUCGAGCAAAGCCAUGAGCAUCAUGAAUUCGUUCGUAAACGACAUCUUUGAACGUAUUGCUGCUGAAGCAUCUAGAUUGGCUCACUACAACAAGCGUUCCACCAUCACAUCUCGGGAAAUUCAGACAGCUGUUCGUCUUCUUCUCCCCGGAGAGUUGGCUAAACACGCUGUGUCUGAAGGCACCAAGGCAGUUACUAAAUAUACCAAACCUCUGAAGCAAAUAUUUGACGCAAUGGCUCGUACCAAGCAGACUGCCCGAAAAUCGACGGGAGGAAAGGCUCCGAGGAAGCAGUUGGCUACCAAGGCUGCCCGUAAGAGUGCGCCAGCAACUGGAGGAGUUAAGAAGCCACAUCGUUACAGGCCAGGAACCGUAGCUCUUCGUGAGAUUCGUCGUUACCAGAAGAGCACUGAGCUUCUCAUCCGUAAACUGCCCUUCCAACGACUUGUUCGUGAGAUCGCCCAGGACUUCAAGACCGACUUGAGAUUCCAGAGCUCAGCUGUGAUGGCUCUUCAGGAAGCCAGCGAGGCAUACCUCGUUGGUCUUUUUGAAGAUACCAACCUCUGCGCCAUUCACGCCAAGAGAGUCACCAUCAUGCCUAAGGAUAUCCAAUUGGCUCGUCGUAUCAGAGGAGAGAGAGCUUAAGCCUUUCCAAUUUUGACAAUUAUAAAAUCGGCCCUUUUCAGGGCCACAAAUAUUUUCAAACGAAUGAAAUUCAAUCGUACUU